GGUUGAACCUGGAAUAUCCGCUAUAUCCUCUCUCUAGUGUUUUUCUAUUUAACUUAACUUGUAUUCUUUCCCUAUAAGUUGUCUCGUUCUGCACAAUCCGCACUUGUUUCCCGCCCGCCAUGACAUCCACUCCUUUUGCUUUUGUAUCUCUUUUAACAUCGGACUCGUAUUUGCCAGGGGCACUCGCACUCGCUGCUGCACUCAAGGACGUGCACGCAAACCUACAAGAAUCAAAGGACACCCCUGCAUAUGAAACUGCAUGUCUCGUAACCCCAGAAACUCUCGAUGUUUCUACUAUAAAACUGCUCAGAAGAGCAUUCGAUGUCGUUAUUGGUGUCGAAGUCAUCAGCCAGGAAGAUGACAAGGGCUUGACUUUACUUGGCCGUCCAGAUCUCAACACAGUCAUCACAAAAAUCCAUGUUUUUCGUCUCACGCAAUAUUCCAAAGUCAUAUUCCUCGAUGCAGACAUUCUUCCAAUUCGCCCUCUUUCUCACCUAUUCACAUUGCCGCAUGAGUUUUCGGCGGUUCCAGAUGUCGGAUGGCCCGAUAUAUUUAACUCGGGCAUGAUGGUUCUCUCACCUGGGGAUGACCAUUAUAAUAAUAUACAGGAACUUCUCAAAACCAGAGGAAGCUGGGAUGGUGGUGACCAAGGCCUGCUCAAUGAAUGGAGAGGAGGGGACUGGAAUAGACUCAGUUUUACCUAUAAUACCACUCCAACUGCUGCGUAUACAUAUGCGCCUGCUUACGAACGUUUCGGGUCAAACAUCUCUGCAAUCCACUUCAUCGGAACCAACAAACCUUGGAAUUCCAUCGCAUACCGUGCCCCUGGGUCUGCCGCUUCCACCAAACUUUCUCAGACUGAUAGCGCAACCAAUGUAAAUACACCACAAGCAUACGACUACUCCUCUCUCGUCGACAAGUGGUACUCUGUUUAUGACAGACAUUAUCGCUCGCAUACCAUUGCACCUGAUACCGAUUUUGAGGUGCGCAGGUAUGUCUCUGCGUGGAACGAGCAAGGCGCCUCUGGUGCUGAGGUCCUCGACACGACUGUCGUACCUGUCGGUGGUGCGCUCGGUCUGGAUGACCUCCGCCGCCUUGCCGUACAGGGUAUGAGCUCAUGGAGCCUUCUUCAAACUGAUCGAGCCAGUGGAGAGGGCGAGUACAGGAGCAUGCCAAUCGAUGGGCGCAUCGAUUUGAUGCGCCCAAAAACGGCGGAACAGACGAAGACAUUGGAUAUGGCUAUACCUAAAGAACCAGAGCAAAGUCCUCAGGUCCCAGCACAGCCUGACUCUGGACCCUCGACGCCUAUUGCCAGCAAGGCGAAGCUUCCAACAGAGUCACCAGUGAGAUGGACAACUCUUCCCACCCCUGGGCCUAACGAGCUUCCGCCUGCUCCCCAUGUUCGCAUGCUCUCGCUGCCGCCAACGCCAUUGCAUUACGUGCCUGCACCUUAUAAGCCCGUUACACCUGAGAUUGUUGGUGAGACGCCUGGUGGCACAUUGCACAGGGUCGAACGGCCUCGACCAGCGUCACCUCCCUUAGUGUCUUGGAAUCCAGCUCUUGAGCCUCCGCCAACGGCUACCCCGUCGACGUCGUUCCCUAUGGACAAUUAUUUCAUGAAUGCGUGGGACCACUCUACGAGCACCAACCUGACAUCUCCACCUUCUCAGCAUUCUUUGUUUCGCCCUCCCCCACAGCCUGAAAUCCCUGAGUCGCUCGUGCGCGAGGGGCAUUAUCGACAUGUGACCGGUCCUGGGUCAGACGAAACGGCUGCUUCUCCUAGUCCAGAUCGCACCAAGGUGAAGCGCAUUUUCCCAUGGGAGGGAAGGCCUAGGCAGAUUCCUGGUCGGGUGUUCCCUGAGAACGAGUCCCCCCCUCCUGGUGCUGUAUUUUUGCGAUCUGCACCGCCGCCCGAGGCUCCUACGACCCCAGAGAGGAAGGGAAGGGCGGGGUUAACGAUACCUGUUAUGCCAUCUCCACUGAUGGGUUUCCCGCCAUCGUUGACAUAUGCGAAUGCAUGGGACAAUGUUCCUAGUAUCCAAAAGUAUGCAUCGCGUCUUGUUCGUCCUCCGCAAGCUCAGCCUCUUGGGCCAGCUUUUGAGGAUACGAGUGAUGGAGGGAAGAGAGGGAGUCGUGCGUGGAGCGACAAGGCGGAGGCGAGUAGCCAGGACGGGGAUGUUGAGGAUGAGGUGGAUUCGGAUAGUGAUAACGAGACGUCAAAGGGACGAUCUCGAAGUGCGAGUCUGUCGUCCAGGGCGAAAAGGGUCAAAUAUCGUUCUACGGGUAUACAGACCGUGCCCAAAGUGCGUCGAGAUCAGAGCACCCAAGUUGACCCCUUGCCUGUCGUCGCCGUCACUAAUGCGGAUGCUACAACCAAGCAGCAGCGAGUUCGCACUGCUAGUGUGACGAGGCGUCAGUGGCCGCCUUCUACGGGGUCGAACCUACUUCCACCUAUAAUGGCAGAAGAUGUCGUUUUUGGAGGAGAUCCGUCAGAGAUGGACUCUCCAGCUGCUUUGACAGGCUCGCCUACCAGGUUGUUAUCCCCGCGUGCUGCUAGCUCUCCACCAGCGUCUUCACCUUCCCGAGCUUCUGCACCAACGAUUGUUACGACUCCGAGAGCGAAAGCGCUGGCGACGAGCACGCCUUCUCCAUCUGAUCGGCAGGGGUCGAACGAGGCAUCCCCGUUGUCGUCUGCAGGGCCUGUGUCUCCACCUGAGGGUGAGCCGUUCGCAUCGCCCUCUAGUGUUGGAUCUGGGAGGAAGGCUGGACGGGUAUGGGACCCUGCUAGAGGUGUUGAGGUGUUCAAGAGGAGCUCUGAAGAGGUUCUGGCCAAAUUUUUGAAGAUGGGAUCAUGGGAGGAUUCUGCCACUCGUGCGUAAGGCAAUGGUGAAAUUUUUUUCAAAAAUGUUAUUCAUAACAGCGGACAAAUCACGCGUUUUCGUUUUCAUUUCUUCCAUUUCUCGAUUUUCAUUUUCCCCUCGCGUGUACGUUUAUAUUCUCCACACUUUCAUGUCUUGCCCUGUUUGAGCUUGUUCAUUGCAUGUUCUCGCGAUACCCAACCCAUGAUACUCCAUAUUUCCAUGCAUGUUUGUUUGUUCCCUUUACUCUUUACUUCUUUGCCUGUAAAGAUGUGUUAUACCUCGCGAUCAAUUUCACACUGCACUUUGAUUCAAUAUUUCAAUGUGUAGCAUUCCAAGCUUUUGUAGUAACCGCUUGUAUGU